AUGUGGAUAGCUUUACUUUCCCUCUUUGUCAUGAUAGCGGGGCUGAGUAGAAAUGUGCUCGCGGUUGUCAUAUUGGAUAUCGCGAGAGGACCACGACCUGAAUCCUCAGCAGAGAUCACCGAACCGGAUUUGAAAUCUCGGGCAUUGAUUACCUCGACUCUAUAUAGCAAUCUCACACGAGGUUCAUAUUACAUCGAGAUAGAUGUUGGAACUCCGCCUCAGCCCCAGCGACUCUUUCUUGAUACUGGUUCUAGUGAUGUUUGGUUGUUGGACUCAGCUGCGGACUUGUGCUUAGACCCACGACUUCAACGUAUACACCUCGGGGGCUGUGGAACUACUUGUAAGCUCCCCUCUAUAAGAAGUGGUGUUCUAUAUGUAUAUAUGUGCUCACUGAAUGUUCGAUUAGACACCUCCUCGAAAUCCUCCACAUACAAGCUCCAAGCCCAGAACCAAUUCAACAUCAGCUACCUGGACAGAAGUGGCGCAACUGGGGACUACAUAAGCGACACCAUAGAAAUCAGUGGGUCCCUAAUUCCUAAUGUGCAGAUGGGGUUUGCACAUAAGAGUACGAUUGGCAGUGGAUUGAUGGGUAUUGGAUAUUCCGUCAACCAAGCGUCACAAUCUAGAAAGAAUGUCGCACCCCCUUUCACUUACCCGAGUGUGAUUGAAAGAAUGGUAAGCGCAAGGGUGAUCAACCGAAAAGCUUAUAGUUUGUAUCUGAGCGAUCAGGAUGCUUCGACGGGCUCAAUCAUCUUCGGCGGCAUGGACACCGAUAAAUUCCACGGAGAUUUAUUCCAACUACCCGUCGUACCGAAUAGAUAUCCAAAUGGUACAUCCAUAUAUGCAGAACUGGCGGUCGUCAUGUCCUCCUUCAGUAUCACCGAACAGGAAGGAAACACUACCAACUUGACUUCCUCGAACUUCAAGUUGCCCGUCCUUCUCGACUCUGGAACCACAUUUUCGUAUCUCCCCCGCACUCUUGCUCGAACGAUUUACAGAGCCGUCAAUGCAUUAGAUGACACCGAAGAUAGCGGCCUUGUCUUCAUUGACUGCGCAAUCCUAACCCAAUCCCCGAAAUUAACAUUCAACUACGGUUUUGGCGGAGCGAAUGGAACUCAAAUCCAAGUCCCCAUCGACGAAUUAGUCUUCUCUCUCAAUACUGUCCUCAACAUCACCGAGGAAGACCUGCCCGCGACCCCCUUCCCUAGUACCUGCGCUUUCGGCAUCCUCCCCAGCUCACCAAGUGAACCUUCAAUUCUCGGAGACACCUUCCUGCGUUCUGCGUACGUGGUAUAUGAUCUAGACAGUAAUGUCGUGGGACUGGCACAGACGAAUUUCAACUCUACAUCCAGUAGGAUCGUUGAGUUUCGGGCUGAUGCGACGAAGCUUCCAGAAGCGAGCCAGAUUACUAGUAGUCCAGAUGUGACGCAGACUGCUAAUACUGGGGGAUCGGCGGGUGUUGGGCCCAAGACUGACGGAGGUGGAAAUGGAAUUGUAGCUGGGAGCGCAAGUGCAAGUAAUACGGUAGCUCCUCCUGCUGGAAGUACUAUCGAUACCUUCUCGGGUGUUGCCAUGGUCCCAGCGAGAGAGUUUUAUGUGAGGACUUUGGUAAGUUUGGGUAUUGCUGGAUCUUUUGCCAUCUUGGGAGGUGGUUGGUUUGUAUUUUGA